CACCUUUGGAAUAAGUAGUCGAAAUCACUUUCUCGCUUUUCGUUUCGUUUGUGUGUGAUCCCAGUAGCACAUUUCUCCUAAACAUGAAUUACUUCACUUGUGGGAUAUUAGCUUUCUCGGUGUUCUCUGCGGUGAUUGGGGCGCCGCAGUCGGAGUACGACGGGGGCUACGGGGGCUGUCCAGAGGAGGGCGUGUUCGGCUGGGAACACGAGACGGCGUGCGAUCAGUACUACAAGUGCACGAACGGAACAUACUCGCACGAGAAGUGCCCCAACGGACUGGUGUUUGACGACAAAAGUCCAGUUUACGAUCUCUGCGGUUACUACUGGAGGACGGACUGCGGUGAAAAGACUGUCGAACCACCGAUCAGCACUCCCGGAUGCCCCUACCAAUUCGGUAUUUUCCCUUCAGACAGCUGCACCCACUACAUUAAAUGUGCCUGGGGUGAACCAAACGUCACAGACUGCGAAGAAGGUCUCGCCUACCAAGAUGAGUCCCAUUCCUGUGUUUGGCCUGAUGAGGUUCCCGGAUGUGACAGCGAGGCAAUCGUCGGAUUCAAGUGUCCAGAUAAAAUUACCGGAAUGCCUGCCAAGUUCUACCCCUUCCCCAGGUACCCUCACCCCACUGAUUGCCAGAAACUGAUCGUCUGCGUCAAUGAGAAACCAAGGCUCCUCAACUGCGGUUACGGCUCAGCUUUCAACCUCGAUACCUAUACAUGUGAUGCCAUAGAAAACGUGCCAGACUGUAAUAAAUACUACAAAUGAUUCCAAAGCCCUGUUCCUGGUUUGGAAAAAAUCAAGCAAAGAAGAGUGGAAAAUAUGUUUGAGAUCGAAUGUUUCUUCACGAAAUGUUAUGUUUGAUAUAAUUUGUUGAUAUAAUUGUUUUAUAAUUUUUAGAAAUAAAAUGUUUG